GAAAUUGUGGGCAAAGAAUGAGUGGCGGGGAAAAAGAGCGAUGAAGAAUGAGAGCCCACAGGUGGGGCAGCCUCUGGAGACUUCACUUCACAUGAGAGGAGCUGCAAAGGAGUUCAAGAAGUGAGGGGAAAAAUAAAUAUAUAUAUAUAUAUAUAUAUAGAGAGAGAGAGAGAAAUAAACUCUGAGAUAUAGAUGACCAUUAGAGACUAAAGCAAGAUUGAUCCACUGUGUGCCCCUCCAAAAGCAACAGGAGAAGAUCAGAGGAGCAGCCGGGCAGACGCUGCAGACAUGGCACUGACCCAGGCGGUGCUGCCAUCUUUCAACUCCUUCUCCAAUUUCUACAACCCUCAGGACAUCAAUAAGUUGUGGAAAUCAGAAGAAAAUCCCUCGGUGCAGAUUACUGAUGACCUCAGCCUGUCCCCCAUCAAGCCCCCCGGACCUUUGCCUGAGCCGCUAUUACACAUCAAAACGGAGCUGAAAGAUCUGGAGGACGACAGUGGCAGCAGCAGUAACUGGGACGCCGAUCUGCUCCUGUCCACUCUAAACGCCCCCAUCUCUGAUGGCCCCACCUUGGAGUUCAUGUUCGGCCCAGCCCAGCUGAGCAGCCCCCGCGGUCUUCAAGGACCUCCGGUGCAGGGAGCUUUACAGAAGUCCGUGCUGGUCAAACAGCCGCCUUCUCCCUGCUUAGACCGCCAUCUGCUGGAGUCGAGUGGUAACAGCGGCUUGCUCUCCAGUUUCCUCCCCGUUCAGCAGGCGUCGCCCCCCUUCCCCGCGGUGAUGCAUGACGGCCAUGUGAACUUCACCGAGCCGCCGCCCUCGGCAUCCAAAGUGUUCACUUAUGGAGGGGAGCCUCCUGUUGACUAUUUGGGCUUCUUUCUGGGAAACGAUUUGGAACGAAGUGCGACUAUCGACAGCGCCAUUAAAGGCAACGGCAAGGCAGCACAUUUUGGACACUACAUGCCCGGAGGCAUCCAUGAUGGCCAGCUUGUCCAAAGCCAGAUGCCCAUGGUGGAUCAUCAGUCUCCAGGCUUGCCGCAGCGCAAUUACAACUUGUUGCCGAGCUAUCACCAUCGUGCCACCUUUUACCAGGAGCAAUACCUCGGCCACUAUUCGCCAUUCCCUCACCAAUACAAAGCCCCCCAGCUCAACAGUUUGCUCUUAGCACAGGUGCCUGGCACGGCCACGUCUCACAGCGCCAGCCUCUCUACUAUGAUGCCUCCUACUGAAGGCCUGGAGGUCAAGCGGAGCCGCAAGACCAUCAGCAGAAAACGAAUGGCCGUGCAUAACUGUGAACACCCGGGCUGUGGGAAGACCUACACGAAGAGCUCCCACCUGAAGGCUCACCUGCGCACCCAUACUGGUGAGAAACCAUACCAUUGUACUUGGGAGGGAUGCGGCUGGAAAUUUGCCCGUUCUGAUGAACUGACCCGGCACUACCGCAAGCACACCGGACAGCGCCCUUUUCAGUGCCACCUUUGCGAACGGGCAUUUUCCAGGUCUGACCAUCUGGCUCUGCAUAUGAAGAGGCAUGUCUAGCAGUCAAAUAAAUACUCAGCAAUGGACACCCAAGUGGCAUCUGCUUCCAUGCGUCCUCUAAAAAAAGAUAUAAUAUGCCACUGCAUGAACGUGUGCCCUCUACAACUUUCAAAGCAUUCAGGGCACAAGCUGGUAACUCAAUCUCAGGCAGAGGCUUCCUGGCCAUGUGUGCCACUUCGGGGAGAGGUGUCCAUGGAUCACAUACAGACUUGAGUACUCAGGUUUGGCCAUUUCUUUAUUUUUUAUGAUGAUGGGGUCAAGCCAAACAAAAGAGCACAACAGCUCAGGGCUUGGGGCAAAUAAAAAUAAAGAAAUAAAAAAUAUGAAGUUCGUGUAAAA